ACCUCAUAUCACGAGAGCUUCCCAGACCUGCGAAUGCGCCUCAAAAGCCGCUGCUGCGACGCUACAUCGCCCGCGCAGCAUCCUCGCCAUGUCGACCAUGAUCACCUUCGCCGCCAACAACGAGUUCUUCCGGAAGCGCAAGCGCGUCCAUCGCGCAUGUGAAUCCUGCAAGAAACGAAGGAAGCGCUGCAGCCAUACCUUCGACGAUGAAGACACCGAGGCCGGAAGCUCUACCAAAAGCGGACAACCCGCGCCCCAUCCUACCUCUGAUCCUCAUGGUUAUGCGCUCAAUAGCCAUCACCAUGAUCCGAGGAUCCAGCGGGGGGAUGCGCACGGCCAUGGCCACGCCCACGCCAACAUGUCGCCCUACAGCCCGACCGAAGACCCGCGCGCCUCGACGCCCCCGAACUUUCUGGGCUACCUCAACCCCGAGGCCGUCUUAAGAGAACAGGUCAAUUCCGAGCGAGGGAAGCUGACACAGUCGCCCAUCAUCCCGUCAAUCGGCCAGUGGAUCGAGGGAGAGAACCGCAGACCAUCGACCAGCCAGCCCGGAUCAGCACUACCGCGGCUGGAUGGGACGAGCCCGCAGUCUAACCAGGAGGCCAAGGUCGAGAGAGCACUCAACACGUAUCUGGAUGCUGUAGGCGUGUCGAUUCUCCCUCCCCGCAGGAGCCAGGAUGCCCUUUUCGACAUCUACUUCAACUACGUCCAUCCACUGCUCCCGCUCAUCGACAGGAACCUCUUCUCGGAGCAGUACAGCCAGGGCACAGAACCCCGGAUGCUGAUGCAAGCAAUAUGUAUUGUGGCCUCCAAGCACGCCGACGCCGCCGAGUGUCUGUGUCUGGGCGACGACCCUCGCCGGAUGGGUCCGCGCGAGUUCUCUCACCGGCUGUACAACGCCGUCAUCGCCGGAAUCGAAGCCAAGCUGGAGAAGAACCGCGUGGUACUCAUUCAGGUACUGGCACUGAUAUCACUACAUUGCGAAGGCCCAGAUGGUGCUGAGCAGGCGUCCAUGCAUCUUGCCCAAGCCAUCCACCACGCUCACACUUUCGGACUGCAGUUCGGGCACCAGUGGAAGAACCAGAAGUCUGAAUUCCAAGAGAACCUAGAGGAUCUGUUCUGGUGUUUAUGGAGUCUCGACAAGAUCAACGCUUGCAUGAACGGGCGACCGUUGAUCAUGCACGACCGCGACAAUAGCCUGACCAGGCUGCCCACCGAUCCAGAGAAGAGGUCGAGUCCCUUCGGCGUGUGGCUGCAGAUAUCUGAGAUGCUUGACAAGGUCAUCGACUACUACAGGCCAGGCCGCUCUGUCGAGGAGACUGGCUGGGAGGGCGACGACUUUCUUGGUUUUGAGGAGAUGGUUGGGGACGGAGAAGACAAGCUAGAAGGACCGAUUAUGAGCCUCCUAUCCCUCUUCCACCACACCAUGUGCAUGGCGUCGCACAAGUCGCUGUCUAUCAACGCCCCGGUAAAAUCGACACCAUCGUAUGUUCGCCAGAGUCUUUCUGCUACCCGUGUAAUCCACCUGCUCAAUGCCGAACCCCCGGAGCGCCUCCCACCGCUUCCCCUUGUCCCCUAUGCGCUCUCUGUCGCGCUGAGUGUAGUGUACCGCCAUUUCCGAUCGCGCCGCCUCAAAGUCCACAUCAACCGCGCCACAGAGGAACUCAAGCAAUGCGUCAUACUGCUAAACAGGUUACGCUAUGCAUGGUGGUCAGCGGGCACCAUGGCAGACCUCGGCAUGGCCGUGCUGAACAACGCGGACCGCAACACCCGCGCAGCGAACACUCCCGCCACCAUCGCUGAACAACCGUCGCGCUCUGAAACAAAGCCGGAACCGGGACAAUUCUCUGCUCAAGCUGCGCAGCAGUCGGCGGGGCCCGGAAAUUGGCAGUCCACGGACACCACGCCAAUCGACCCGCGUCUCCAACAGGCUCCCACGCCGGCAAUGACGAACCUGCUCAACCCGCUUCCCGCACCGACUCCCGGCCAGCAUCCCACGAGCAGCGAGCGAGCAGACAGGACGGCCCAGCCGCUUCCCGCGGGCUUCGACUUCUCUGAGGCGUCGCCCGACUGGCUCAAUUUCGAUACCGCGUUUGAGAACUUCGAGGGUUUGCUGGGAAGUUCAGGCGCGGAUCUGAGUAACGAGCUGUUCAAGCCGCUCAAUUAUGAGAGCCUGGAUGGGUUCCUCGAUCCUACGACGUAGCUCGGGAAAGCGUGGGAUAACGGAGGAGAGAGAGGGCUCUAACGACUUAUGGUGGAUUGAUUGCGGUAUGUUUAUACAUUGUUGAUUUUCUUCUUCUGUAGAUCCGAGACACUUCCUACUCGGCAUAUUGCUUUUUGUAUACACGGGACAUAGGGGAACUGCACUCUGGGCGUUUGUGUGUUGUCUUCCGGGCUAAGGAAAAUAGGCAAGUGGCGCAUGGGGUGGUCAUCUCAAUUCCUCGGUUACGGUUUUCUCUCGAUGCAUGGGG